UUUACUUCAUUAUCAUUCCGUCAUUCCUCACGGGAAAAUAUACGUAAAUUGUUUGUGUUGUAUAAAUAUAAAAAUCAUCUGAUUGUGGUGAUUGUAGUUAUUAUGUGGAAACGAAUUAAAGAAACCCAUUAUUUUUUGUUGUUUUCAAAUGAUCAUGGGUAUGAAAUAUGCAUCACGGACAACGUUAACGUAUGGACCACCUUGUAUUCCCGAAGUGAAUUUCUAGCUAAAAUAAAGAGAAGUAAUGAAGGCCUUGAAUUGUCAGAUGAUAAUGAGUAUCUUCAAAAAGGAAUCCAUUUGGUGUCUAAUAUUGAUUACUUGAGGAAGUUUGAUAUAUCAAACAGGGAUAAUGGCAAAACUCUGUUUAUUUCACUGACUAUGUCAUUUGGAUUCCCUUUUUACUUUAAAUGUAAACUUACAAAGGGCUCAGAGAAACUAUUUUACCAUAAAGUCACCCGGCCAUUACUGAAGUCAAUUUGCGAUUUGCGUGAAAGCCAGAGUGAGCUGCGUCGCUUGCUGAUAAAGAAGGAUACGGAAAUAGAAGAGUAUAAGGCAGAGUCGGGAGAAGUAGCCAGGUACCUGCAGACUGUACCAUUCAAUGAUGCUGAGCACAUGUUCAAGCAUAAAGUUUAUGAUGAAAACUUUAGUCUGUCUCCGAAGACCAUUACUGAAAAUGUCAAACAUCUGGAUAAUACUGUCUUGAGGCAAAUGCAAAAUCCGAACCAAGCCGUGAUACAAGAGCCGGUGCCAAAUGUUAGACCUGAGGUAAAUGUUAGACCCGAAGUAAAUGUCAGACCUGAGGUAAACGCAAGACGUGAGGUGAAUGUUAGACCUGAGGUAAAUGCAAGACGUGAGGUGAAUGUUAGACCUGAGGUAAAUGCAAGACGUGAGGUGAAUGUUAGACCUGAGGUAAACGCAAGACGUGAGGUGAAUGUUAGGCCUGAGGUAAACGCAAGACCUGCGGUAAAUGUAAGACCGGAGCCACCGGUUGCUGUUAAACAGGAACCUGAUAUAAUCGAGCCAGACACUACGGUACACAUUGACCCUGUCCCAUAUAGGAAGAAUGGAAUAAAGUCUGAAGAUGAUGAGACAAGUGUGUCUAUCACUGCUUCUGUUAGCUACCAACCGGAGUUAAGGAGGGAGACUCUGCGGCCCCAUGUGCCACGGAAAAGAACAAAAUUCAACCUCUGAUAAGUGACUCACCAAAGAUUUUCAUUCACUAUUUAUUUAACAAUCAAGCCUAUUUUACGAUGACUGCACACAUAAAGUCCGUUUCUAUAAAAAAAUUGCGAUAUGCUGUGCAUGUGAGUGUGUACCGAUAAAUGAGUUUUAAUUAUUAUGUUGAUGUUAAAAAUUUUUGUUCUAUCCAUUUUGUUUAUACGUGCAAUAUAAAAAAAGACAAAGGCUUUUGCAAUUACUGAGAAAUUGAUUUGGUCUGUAUGUAAUGAAGAAAAGAUUGAAUGAAAUUGUAACGUCUGUGUGUAUGAGCAGACGUUUUACUGCGACUAUCUAUAGAGGGGGAAAACUGGGAUUAUAAAUUGUAUAUGAGUGUGAAUGAAUAUUUUGAUAUGAUAUUGAUGUGCAUUAUAUCUAUGAAUGUUUAUAUUCUUUUCUAUGGAAAUGGACUAUCUAAUAAUCUUAUUACCGUAUAUUUACCAUAUAUAAUUAUAAACAACAUACAUUUAAUUAAAUUCAGACAAUUUCAGUGUUUU